AUGUCUUUUUCGUCUGCAUACAAGAAGACCUAUGGAAAUAGGGUAUCUAACUUUAGUAAUCCAACCGCCAAAUUGAUCUUGGAAACAAUGGAGCGCAAAAAGUCCAAUCUAGCGGUCAGCGUAGACGUAACUGACGCCAACGACUUACUGGCCAUUAUCGAAGCCGUUGCCCCGUACCAUUCUCAUGAAUUAUUUUUCAAGACACAUAUUGAUAUUAUCCAAAAUUUCGACUUUUCCUUGAUCGAGAAGCUCCAACACCUGAGCCAAAAAUACGAUUUUGUUUACUUUGAAGAUAGGAAAUUCGCCGACAUCGGAAACACAGUCGCUUUACAGUACUCAAGUGGCGUAUACAAAAUCGCAAGCUGGUCGCACCUGACAAACGCCCACCCCGUUCCUGGCCUUUCUAUCAUCAAAGGAUUGUCAUCGGUUGGACUUCCGCUGGGACGUGGACUUCUACUUCUUGCUGAAAUGAGCACAAAAGGUUCACUGGCAGUUGGAACAUACACAGAGGAAGCUGUGCGAAUGGCCCGUCAAAACCGAGAUUUUGUAAUUGGAUUUAUCGCUCAGAAAAGGAUGGAUGGAGUAGGCUCCAGCGAAGAGGAAGACACGUCUGAUGAGGAUUUCCUCAUUCUUACCCCAGGAAUUGGGCUGGACGCCAAGGGUGACUCUAUGGGCCAACAAUAUAGAACACCACGGGAAGCUAUAUUCGGUUCUGGCUGCGAUAUCAUUAUAGUCGGAAGAGGAAUAUAUGGAACAGAUUCAAAAGCAGUGGAUACUAUAGCAGCGCAAGCUGAACGGUACAUGGCAGAGGGUUGGGCUGCAUAUUUAGCGCGCAUAAAUAACGAAUAA